AUGUGCCGCAAGCUGACUGUUUUGUAUGUAGUGGUUUCGUGCUCGGAGAGACUGAUGAUCAAGGGUAUCGAUGACGUCGGAAGAUUUUACACCUGCCAUGAAGAGCUGUUGAGGGUCCAGAAUGAAAACAGGGAGAAGUGGUAUGAGGCCAAUCGAGAAUGGUGGGUUACGGGGUAUGGUGGCACAACAGAUUCAGAGGCUAUGGUGGGAGAUGAUGAUGGAGAAGAAGAUUGCAUAGAGAGUUUGCGCUUCCUGGAUCGAAUGCUUGAAAAGCAUCCAGGCAAAACCUUGGAAACAGCAAUAGAUGCAGGUGCUGGAGUCGGUCGAGUGACCAGAGCUGUGCUGCUGCGGCGAUGCAAGCGAGUGAUGCUGAUAGAAGGCGACAGUCAAUGGUCAAAACAAUCAAAAAUGUACCUUGGCAAGAAAAGGGCGAUGAGAUGCGAAUUCAAAUGUGCUCGUUUGGACGAUCUCAGUCCAUUGCCGAGCAAUUCAGCAGACUUGGUGUGGAUUCAGUGGACGCUGCAGUACUUGACAGACCAGGACGUGAUCAAGUGCUUGGAGUCCCUCUCCAAGGGUCUCAGGAGACAUGGAUUUCUAAUUGUCAAGGAGAACAGACCCUAUGGGCACGCGAGGAAUGACAGGUUUCAGAUGGACACGCCUGAUGGGGAGAAUGGGAGAUACGACAUCACGCGCACAGAUGUGCAUCACAGAAUACUGUUUGAGAAGGCACUCGAAGUUUCUUUGGACACACCGCCUGCUGAUUGCAUUGUGCAGGCUGGACUAACCGUUGAGGAUUCUGAGCUAGGUAUGGAAACGUGUUCAUACUGCCUCAGACCGAAGGACAAUUCUAAGAGCGUAUCCACAAGAAGCUCGUAA